ACCAUAACCACCUUCUCUAAUCUCCAUUUCUUUUGCUUCAUUAAAUAUUAAUUAGAAAAAUCUCUUGAUUGUUUCUUUUGUUAUCAAAUCAUCAUCGUAAUCUUUAGAUGGCAUGCAUGAAAUUGGGCUCCAAAUCUGAAGCCUUCCUACGUGAUGGCCAAACCUGGGUAUGCACCGCUGGGCUUCCUAGUGAUGUUGUCGUUGAAGUUAGAGAGAUGUCCUUUCAUCUCCAUAAGUUUCCAUUGCUUUCCAGAAGUGGGCUAUUAGAAAAGCUAAUAGAAGAUCUCUCAAGCGGUGAGGAUGGGCAAAUCUGCAUUUUGCAGCUUCAUGACAUACCUGGUGGAGCCAAAACCUUUGAGCUAAUAGCCAAAUUUUGUUACGGUGUUAAAAUCGAAGUCUCUGCGUUAAAUGUCGUUAGUCUCCGGUGUGCUGCUGAGCACCUUCAGAUGACUGAGGCUUAUGGGGAUGGAAAUCUUAUUAAACAAACAGAGGAUUUCCUCGAUGAAGUCUUUGGAAACUGGGGUGAUUCCAUUAGAGCUCUUGAAACAUGUGAAGAGGUUCUCCCUCAUGCAGAAGAAGUUCACGUUGUCUCGAGAUGUAUUGAUUCUAUAGCAGUUAAAGCUUGUUCAGAUCCUAGCUUAUUUGGUUGGCCUGUUUCCAACAGCGCUCAUAGGCCGGAAGGGGCUGAACUUUGGAAUGGAAUAUGCACAGAAUCUAAGACACGCAACGUGAUAGAGGAUUGGUGGUAUGAAGAUGUUUCUUUCCUAAGUUUACCUCUUUAUAAGAGACUGAUAGUGGCCGUCGAGUCGAAAGGGAUGAAUCCCGAAGGAAUUGCUGGAUCUCUGAUGUUCUACGCCAAGAGAUAUCUCCCUGGACUGAGCUUCAAAGAGAAUACAAACAACCAUCAUAACUCUGCGUCUACUAGUUUGGCUCCGUCAGAGGCUGACCAAAGAGUUCUUCUUGAAGAAAUCGUUGGAUUAUUUCCCAACAAUAAGGAAGUUAUCCUCACAAACUUUUUGCUCAGGCUGCUUCAAACUGCUAUGAGUUUACAUGCCAGUCCAUCGUGUAGAGAGAACUUGGAGAAAAGGAUUGGUGCACAGUUGGACCAUGCAACACUGGAUGAUCUUCUUAUUCCUAACAUGGGUUAUACAGUAGAAACUCUUUAUGAUAUUGACUGUGUCCAGCGGAUUCUUGAUCAUUUUAUGUCCGUUGACCAGGCUGCGGACGAACCGCCUUCUCCUUGUAUAGUCGAAGAAGAAGCAGAAGAAAGGCAGGUAGUUGAUGGUGGUUCCCUACCACUUACACCGGUAACAAUGGUUGCUAAAUUAGUGGAUGGCUAUCUUGCUGAGGUUGCGCCUGACGUUAACCUAAAGCUCCCAAAAUUCCAGUCUCUUGCUGCUGUUAUCCCUGAAUUUGCUAGGCCUCUGGUUGAUGGAAUCUAUCGUGCAAUUGAUAUAUACCUUAAGGCACACCCUUGGCUCACGGAUUUGGAGAGGGAGCAACUAUGCAGGCUCAUGAACUGCCAGAAACUCUCUCUGGAGGCCUGCACUCAUGCAGCUCAGAAUGAAAGAUUGCCACUUCGCGUGAUCGUACAAGUUCUCUUCUUUGAACAACUUCGUCUCCGCACAUCAAUUGCUGGUUGGUUCUAUGUCUCCAAUAACACAGAAAAUUCACGUGGUAGCUUAGCAAUCACCAAGAAUGACAUCCAAACCAACCUUGCAGAGAAUGAAAAAACUAUGGAAAUGCGAGUUGCUGAACUUGAAAAAGAAUGUUUGUCCAUGAAACAAGAGAUCAGGAAAAUGGGUAAAUCGAAAAGUGGUUGGAAUAUUUGUAAAAAACUCGGGUUUAAAAGAUCGCAACCGAAAAGCGUUGAUUGUUGAAGAGCCGUAAAGCUGCUGCAUUUCAAAACAACACCUCAAACUGCCAAUAGAACAGUGAGUUCCCUAAUUCUUUUUAGUGGUAGUAAUCCAAUUUUCUUUGAUUAGUCUAAUGAUUUUAGAUGAUUCAUUGUAAUUACUGCUAAGACACUUAGGUUUCAUGUAAUCAAUAACCAGUUUAGUUAGCAUUGUUUAAUGAUUCCAAGUCCCAAUCUUAUACUGUACAUCACAUAGACGACUCAGGCUCAAACCUAUUGUGCGAGGCGCCAAACCCUUCGCCUAGGCGCCCAGAAAAUAAAUAAAAUGCUCACAGUUUUUCGCCUUGGACGUUUUUCUUAGCUAGGCGUCCCUGGUCUUUAACAACAUAGGCUCGAACCAAAACUCCUAGUCACAGAAGUACAAAUGAUGAAUGGAACAAGUGCAGAGAAUUAUGCAUCCAAGUCAUACGUCCAAAUCAAUAUAAUCAAGACAGUAAAAUUGUUCUAAUCACAGAAGAAGACAUUGACAAAAUCAAAAGUAAAACAAAAAGAACAAACAUCAAACUACUCAACG